AUGAAGAAGCUUUUCACAUUAUGGAGAAGGAAGGAUGAGCCCCACACCCAGCCAGGCUACAACCUUAGAGAUAAGGAUUUAAAGAAACUUCACAAAGCUGCCUCGGUCGGGGAUUUAGAGAAGGUGAAGGAGUAUGUUCAGCUCAAGAAACAUGAUGUGAACAUGCGGGACAGAGAACACAGAACACCUUUGCACCUGGCCUGUGCUAAUGGAUAUUCAAAUAUUGUAUCUCUCUUAAUUGAGAAACAGUGCAAAGUAAAUGUCUGGGAUGGUGAAAACAGAUCUCCAUUGACUAAGGCAGUACAGUGUGACAAGGAGAGUUGUGCUACUAUUCUUCUAGAACAUGGUGCAGACCCAAACCUGGUGGAUUUAUAUGGCAAUACUGCUCUUCAUUAUGCUGCCUGUCAUCAAAGUGACUCAUUAGUUGCAAAACUGCUUGAACACAAAGCUAAUCUUGAAGCUCAAAAUAAGGAUGGGUAUACUCCACUUUUACUUGCCAUUACUGAAAAUAAUGCAGAAAUGGUAGAAUUUCUUCUGAAGAGUGGGGCAGAUGUGAAUGCUUCAGAUAAGAAUCAAAGAACAGCCCUUAUGAUUGCUCUCAGUGAUGAACCAACAAGUUUAGUCAGUCUUCUCCUUCAGCAAGAAGUGAAUCUAUCUUGUCAAGAUAUUAUGGAUUCACAGCUGAGGAAUAUGCUUCUUUCAAUGGUUUUACUAUGUAAGUGA